UACAGUAGCACAUAAAUGAAGGAGAAUUUCUGGUUUUUGUCUUUCCUCUAUCUACUUAAGAGAGCAAAUCCCGGGUCUUGUGUUCAGUACCCAAAAAACAAACAACGUCAAUCUAUCCAUCUACCUUCUUUUCUCUUCUCUCCAUCAGUGAGACCAGCAUACAUAAUUGAACAAGAAACAAAAGGAAGGAAAAGUUAAUUUCAUCAAAAGAAAGAAAGACAAAAAGAGAGCAAGAAAAAUAACUACUUGAAUUGUAAUUUUUUUCAUCAUGUCAAACAUUUCAGGAGAUAGUGGGAGUUUCUCUUCUGGAAACACUACUCAAGAAGCAGUAGCUCAACAACAUCUUUAUGACCAACAACAACUUCAAGAUCAUUUAACUCAUGAUGGCAGCUCUAAUUCCAUUACUACUACCAUGGUUAACAGCAACAUCUCCCCUCCCUUACAGCUACCAAGUGUUCUUAAGAAGAAAAGGAGUCUACCAGGAAAUCCCGACCCAAGUGCGGAAGUCAUUGCGUUAUCGCCAACCACUCUAAUGGCAACAAACCGGUUUGUGUGCGAAAUUUGCAACAAAGGAUUUCAAAGAGAUCAAAACCUUCAAUUACACAGAAGAGGCCAUAAUCUUCCAUGGAAACUCAAGCAAAGGUCGACUACGGAAAUUCGAAAACGAGUCUAUAUAUGUCCUGAGCCGUCGUGUGUUCACCAUAACCCGGCUAGGGCAUUGGGCGACUUGACAGGUAUCAAAAAGCAUUUCCGCAGGAAACAUGGUGAGAAGAAAUGGAAAUGUGAUAAAUGUUCUAAGAAAUAUGCAGUUCAAUCAGAUUGGAAAGCCCACUCAAAAACUUGUGGUACAAGAGAAUAUAAACGUGAUUUCCGAUGGACAGCGCCGCUCAUUUACAUUCUUCAAUCUUUUUUCAUAUGCUUAAGUGUUAAAUUGGUAGUUAACACUAAUUGCCAAUCAUAUACAUACGCAAUCAGAAAUUGAAUUUUAAGCAAUGGAAGACAUUUUCAAGUAUGUAAAAGCAAGAC